AUGGAGCCCGCGGACUCGGCUGGCUUAGGUUCGGCAGUUUCCGAACCAGGUUCUGGCGGUGGUUCGUACGAUCGACCGUUCAUCUAUGUGUACGAUUUAGGUCCGGAAUACACGGAGAAGGUUCUGGAGCUGAAUCCGGCGUGGUACAACCACCAGUACGACGUGGAGCGUUAUAUGACGGAGGUCAUCCGGACUAGUAACGCCGUACGUACGGACGACCCGGAGCAAGCAACGCUGUUCCUCAUCCCGUUCUUCGCGGCGCGUUACACGCUGUACUGCUUCCGGUCGUGGGAGAACAACAUGCGGCAGGCGAUCGAGGAAGGUUCCAGGAUAUGGGAGAAGCUUAUAACGAAGGUGAGAAAGGAGCAUCCGUACUUCAACCGCACCAACGGCAAAGAUCACUUCUCUUUCGGCACGCUUGAUCACGGCCGUUGCCACUCGCUCACGUUCGUGGACCCGCGGGUAGAGACUUACAGAGGCGCCCGAAUAACCACCUCACUCCCUGGGCGAACCGUGCAGGUCAUUUCGUACAAUUACGGCGCAAAGAUCACGGAUCCGACGGUCCCGGACAUCCCGUGCUACGUGCCGAACCACGACAUUGUCGUGCCGGCGCUGGUCGCGAAUCGCCUGCCCAUCGUGCCGCCCUUCGAGACGGAGCGUGAGAUCAAGGUGCUGUUCCGGUUCGGCGCAUCGCAGCACCACGGCGAGCCGCUGAAACACCACAACCGCAACAUCCGGAAAGAGUUACACGAGAUGUACAAGGGCGCGGGGCACGAGGGGUGGGACUUUGCGGUGGGACGAGGGGUACGAGGGGUGGGACAUGCGGAGAAGGGCGAGUAUGAGACGGACGAGGAGUGGAAGAAGAGCAUGUACAAGGAUGCAGGGCAUGAGGGGUGGGACUUUGCGGAGAAGGGCGAGUAUGAGACGGACGAGGAGUGGAAGAAGAGCAUCUUCUGCAUCUGCCCUCCCGGCCACUCCCAGUGGACCAGCCGCCCCUUCAAGGCGCUCAUCCCAGGGUGCAUCCCAGAGGCCUUCUUUCUUUCUUCUUCCAUGGGCACGACAACCCCGGGGGACGAUGAGCUGGACUUAUUGAUGCAUCCCAGUGACGUUCUUACGAUCCAAGGUCAUGACAAUCCCUGGGACGAUGAGCUCAACUUCUGGACGACCUCUUUCCGACUCCCCCCCUUUCCCCCAAUCGCCUUCCCCCAACCCGUCCCCCACCCCACUCCAGGCGCUCAUUCUCGGGUGCAUCCCAGUGACGUCUUCCGAGGCCACGACAACCCCUGGGAUGAUGAGCUGGACUACUCUUCAGCGCUCAUCUCGGGGUGCAUCCCAGUGACGUUCUUCCGAGGCCACGACAACCCCUGGGAUGAUGAGCUGGACUACUCGACAGUCUCGGUCAACAUUGACCCUGAUGAGCUGCACACUCUCAAAGAGCGGUUGGAUGCGGUUCCAGCGAAGAAGCUACAGCGGAACAUUGAGCGAAUUCAGGAGGCUUAUCGGUGGACAGGGGUGUACAAUAAAGGAGCAGAGGCCAUGCUUAUAAAGAGGCUGAGGCAACGAGGGCACCAGCUUCAAGCAGUGGAGCAGCGGAGAUUACGGGCGUUGCAAUGA